AUGGCCAAAAAGACAUCCUCAAAACCCAUGCUGUUACCGGUCCUGAUCCCAAUAGCCAUCGCAUUGGGCGUAUACUUGCUAUUAUUCCACCUGCUCAUACCAACAUGGCGCGCCCACCGUGAGCGCUACCGACAAUAUCUCCCACUUCACACUUCCUCCCAGAUCUCCUCUCGCCUUCCCGCCUUCCUCCACCCCCAGACUCUCUCGCGGGGCAUGCACUCCAUCGUUUUACGCAUCUUCUUUCCCAGCACCUGGGCCCUCAGCCGAUACCAGGACCCCUCCACAUCAUCCCGCCCCAACGACCCCAGCAGUACCACCCACCGCCGCACCUCCACCUCUUCUUUUGACCUUGACGAUGAGUCAGGCGAGGCGAUGAUCGGCUUCGACGUUCCCCGUGCGGACACAGAUUCAGCCGCAGAUCCUCGCGAGGCCAAUCGCCGACGCCGUGAAAACAUGGAGCGCUUUGCUGGGCGCAAUAUGGCCUUCGCGCGAGGCAUGGCCGGUGCUGAUGACGGCAUCCGGGAAGGACGCAGCGCAUUACAUCCCGAACGCAGAUUGAAUCGUGAACUAGAAGCGGGUUUCAUGGACGACAGCGAAGACGAUGAGGAGGAUGACAGCCGAGGUGUCACGGUGGGGAGGCAAAGCUUCAGUGCCAGCCGAUAG